AUCUUGUUCCCGAAAGGUUAAGGUUGUUCUUUUUACCACGACCCCUCGAAAAAUUAGAAAUUGAUGUUUAUCCACAAGAAAUUCUUCUUUUCUCGUUUCCCGCCGGAGUUGGUGGUCAUGAACCAAGCCGCGCGGCGGGGAGCGAGUAAGUUCAAUUUGUUGGAAAACAAGAUGUUGACCUUCUUGGUAUUGUCUUUUUCAGCCUGCUGUUCUUCCUACUGUCGCUUUCUAUUUCUAGGAAGUAGUUGUAUUAAUAUCAACGGCCAAGACCUUGACAACAGCACAAUUUUCGCGAACGCCCUGUCUUUCACGGCACAGAAAACCCGCAACAAGGAGAAGCGCGAAGGAAAAAGUGCGACCAAGAGGCGGAAGAUUGCCAUCACCAGCAUGACAACUACGGGUGGAGGCGGUGCCGGGGGUCAGCAUGCUGCUCUUCACAGUAAAAGAAGGACAGUUGCAGCCCAGAAGUUCCUGCAAGAAGAAGUUGUUGUUCCUGUAAAUAAGAUCAUGGAAGAAGAUUUCGAGAAUCAUGUUGCCUCUCCUGGAGACGCAGCAUCAGCAUUUCAAGAAGACGUAGUUGUGGACCAGCACGUAGAAGCGGGCGCACCAGCUGCAACGUCGACCCUUCAAGUUGCAGCUGCUGCUUCAUCGGCCGCUGCGCGGCAGCAGGUGGAGCAGAAACAAAAACAGCAAAUCGUCCAGGACAUCGUCCAGGAUGACAGAGCGCAUAUCCUAAGCAAAAACGUCCCCACCCCAUAGUCAAGUUGGGUGGAAUCUAGCAACACAAAUCUCCAAGUUUUGGAAGCUGUGCAUGACAAGCUUUCCUCUGCAGUGUAGUAGUGCUAAUUGGCAAGAGAAGCCGCAUGAGAAAGCCAUUUUCACAUUCUGCUUACUACAGCAUUACAAAUUUUUCCAAAACACCACGAGAAAUUCCUCCCAUGGAGCUGUGCAUUACAAAUGUUCCUGUCAUUGCACAUUUGCAUGACAACUCUGGAGUGGGGACGUUUUUACUCAGGAUAGCGCAGGCCGUUUCCUUCAAGCACGGGCCAGGAGUUGUAUUUUUUUCAGAAAAACUUGCUAGUUCUGUGUUUGAUAAUAUGAAUGCUACUUUUAUAAAAUAGAGAUUCAAAGUUUCUUCUGAGGUAAUCAUCUAUUAUUAUGUAUGAAUCUGCUCCCCACCGUCGGAGAUAACGAACAUGAUCGCCCAAAAAAUACUAGCUCGACGACGACACUGUUCGGCGAAGAUACCACGGACUAGUAGCAAAAGUGGCAAAAUUGCAACAAAAUUUAUAACGAGCCCAAAAAAACCGUGUACAUCGCAUCCAGACCGCGCGGUAUGGUUGAUGUACACGGUUCAGAAUGCUUGUCCCCGGGCCUGACCACUUUGCGGACCGUGUACAUCCAUCAUACCAUGCAGGCUAGAUGCGAUGCACACGGUUUUUUGGUGUUGCGCGAUUUUCGCACUCAAAAUUCAGAAAAAUUUGCCUCUUUUCCUGGGGAUUUUCUUGCCCUCAAGAAAAACCGUGUACAUCAUCUCCAGACUGCAUGGUAUGGACGAUUUACCUCUCCAAAAGGAGGCCCCGGUCUGGUUUUGAUGGUUGCGGCGCGUUGCUGGGCGCCUUUCGUCGCCGGUGCCAGGAGAACCUGGCCCGUUGGGUGUAGGAGCCGCCGCCGGCCCGCCUCUAGAUACCAGAGCGAGAGCUGGUGGCCAUCUCGACCCUGUUGUCGCAGUUAUGAGAUGAGGCCAAGAACGGCGGCAAGCUAAGUGAGUCUAUCUUUCCCGGCUAUCCUGGGCCUUGCUUGCGGCCCUUUGGGCGUGUGAUCUAGAUGCUCGAGCUCUGGCAGAUUCCCAGCCUCGCUAGCUUCGUAGCGAGUGCUUUCAAUGAUACAAGCGAUCUUCUUGUGGGAGGCAACAAAAAAUUUUUUUCGGAAAAACGCGAAACCGUGUACGUGUACACUUUUUCUUGUGAUAAAUAGCUCGACGACGACACUGUUCGGCGAAGAUACCACGGACUAAAGAUAAAUCGGACCCUGCUCGACGGCGAAGACACUACCGUGGAUUCAUACCAGUGCGGGUGCAGCAACGGCACGGCGGCAACGGGCACGGCCUGCACGGCCCCGGGCGCGCACAUUUGCGCUUCCUGCAACGACGGUUUCGUGAUCACCCCGGAAAACUACUGCUACAAGGGGUGCGCGCCCGGGUAUCACAUGAAAUGCGACCGCCCCUGUGACACGACCCCGGAGCUCGAGGACCCUUGCGACGAGGUCCCCGCCUGCUACGAGGAUCAGUGCGUGGCAAACGAGUGCAGUUGCGAAAAUGGGCAGCAAGCCACCGGCCCCGCUUGCACAGAGCACGGAGCGAACAUCUGCGUUUCUUGUCAGAACGCCACGGAGUUUUUUCUCGAACACAACGCCUGCUACCCGAUCAACACCCACCCGCACAGAAAGCCGCGCAGCGACUGGAUCGACGCAAUUGCCACCGCGGGCGCGUUCGGGAAUCCGAAGGAGGUGGUUCCUCUCCCAGAAACCGAGCCGGAUCCGUGCCGGUACGGCUGGGACGAAUACGGGAAGUGGGGCACCGUGGAUAUCUCCGACGUGACGCAGCACGUCGAAGUGGCGGUGAUCUUACCCGGCUACACGGAGGUGCUCAAUGGUACCGUAGAAAACCCCGACGACUUUACCAGCAGACUCAUCGACCGCGAGUGGUGGGAACUCGAAAAUUUUCCCAGCCGGACCAACCCGGGCCCAAGGUCCGAGGACCCGGAGAACCCGGCGAACCAAAUCUGUUUCGGGGGCUUCGGGAUGCCGAACGAGGACCUGGUCGGGCAUUUCCGAAUCCCGGCGUCAGUGGGCGAGGUGUCGCAGAUAACGGCCAAGUACGAAGUGGGGCGAAUUGGCUGCUGCUCGCAGUGCGAAUACGAGCGAACUGCUGUCAGUGAGGACGGUUCAUUCGAGGUCAAAGAAGGGGGCUGCGGCUGUCGCGUAGACCAGUGGGCCACCUCGUCCGACAGACGCAUCGGCACUUUUUAUCAGAAUGAAAAAUCCCCCCUCCCCAUAUUGAAACGUAAAUUUCUGUUGCUGGAUUUGUGUACACAAAUCAGCUCUGUCUUGCAAGAACGAGGCACUGCAGGCAAAACCUCAGGCUGCGUAGGGCUGUUUUUGUAUAGGUGCGUAGCAUAGCAGAGGCCUUCGAUGUAGGCGUAACAGCAUUACAAAUCGCCGGAACAAUAAAGCGGCGGACUCUUUGCUUUUGCCCCCCUGCAAGAGAGACAGGAUUUGUGGUCACAAAUCAGCAUCACAAAUUUUUAGCAGCAUGCCUUCUCAGUAUGGGGAGGGGAGAUUUUUCCCUACGAUACUUUUCUGCUCAACACCAACGAGACGGAGAAGUCGAAGCAGUUCUGGUACAGCUGGAACGGUUAUCAAAUGUAAAAAUGUCUGGGUCUGGAAGAUUGCCAGACUUGUCAUGCAUAUUUUGCAUGGCCCCUGAUGGCUGUAAUGCAUGGCUUAGCAUCACGUAUUUCUAGAGGGCGUCCUGAUGCCUAUUCUGCAUGAGAACAGCCUUUUCCGUGUAGACCAAACUGGACUUCUCUUGCUGGUCAUGCAAUACAGAUUUUUUUUGAAUCCGAAGACAGCAUGACAAGUUACAACCUUCCAGACCCAGACAUUUUUGCAGUUGAUGACGGUGAAUCCUAUUACCGCCCCUUGUCGAGCUUUCGCGACCUCCCGUCUCCCGAGGACGCCGGGAACCGGAACUACGCGGUGCUAGCGCGCAACAGCAGUGGGAUGUGGGGCACGCACCUGCAUUGGCGUGCGGAGAGCGGGGCCGGGGAGCCUGCGGAGGCCGCGGACGGGACUCCGUUCACGUUUAAGCCCGAUACAAAUUACGAACUGCAGCAAGGGGAGAAUUGGAACAAGGUAGAGGGCCAGGUGGGCGACAACGUGGGCAUUGUUUGCGUCACGGUGAUGGCCUGCAUGAAAAUUCCGCUGCACCUAUCCCGAGUAAAAAUAAACGUCCCCACACCAGAGUCAAGAUGGGAAAUCUGCUAGACAAGUCAACCAGCUUUGCUUGUUUCGCAUCACAAGUCUUUCCGCGUAGUGUAGUUCUGUUUAGCUAGUGCACCAGCAUCACAGACCUAGCGCAUCAUGCUGAUUGGAGCAUGACAAAUUCCAAAACACGACUAGAAAAUGCUUGCCAUGGAGCUCCACAUUAGAAACAUCUUGUAGCAUGACAACUCUGCGGUGGGGACGUUUUUACUCAGAAUAACACCAGGCGUUUCAGUUCACCUGUCGCUGCGACAACGGAAUUCCUUCGACGGGCACGAAGUGUCAGGAAGUGGGCCACAGCAGUGUUGCUUGCGAAGGCUGUAACGAGGGCUUUUACCUCGGGAACGGAUCGUGUAAUCCGAAUCAGUGCCGGUGCGAGAACGGGAGCGCCGUGACGGGACCUGGCUGCCCGGCGCACCACGAAGUAUGGAUUGCAAAAAUGUCUGGGUCUGGAAGAUUGCAACUUGUCAUGCUGUCUUUGGAUUCCAAAAAAAUCUGUAUUGCGUGACCAACAACAGGAGUCCAGUUUGUGUUACGCGGAGAGGGCAUUUCUCAUGCGAAAUAGGCAUCAGGAAGCCCUCUAAAAUUCUGUGGUGCUAGAUCAUGCAUUACAUGCGUCAUGGAUAAUGCAAACUAUGCAUCACAAGUCCCGGAAUCUUCCAGACCCAGACAUUUUUGCAUUUGAUACGAAGCGACCUAUUGUGAUUCCUGCGAUGCCGGCUUUCACCCAGCAACAUCCUCUUCUGGUGCCCAAAGCGGAGCCACAGCUUCUAAUGAACGCUUAUGCGUUCCCAACAAUUGCGGUUGCCUGAACGGAACCGCAGCGACUGGAGCCGAUUGCACUGCGCACAAUGCCAACAUUUGCAAAAGCUGCGACUUUGGGUUUGACGAGCAGGUGGAUGGGAGCGGAAACCGUUCGUGUGUCGCCCCCACGACUUCCACCACCACCACGACAACCACCACAACGACAACCACCACGACUACGGCCUCUUCAACCACGACCACAACCACGGUCGUAGUUGCCACGACGACGACCUCGACCACCACUGUACCAACGAACGGGACGGGGCAUGAGAUCGUGACAGAAGCUCCAACGACCGGGGCGGAACCGACCACGGUGCUGCCGCCCGACACGUCCUCUCCUCCCGGGGGAACUGACGAGGAACCAGCCGGAGAUGAGAACAACUGCUGCCUCAUCCUGGUGGUCGUGCUCGCGGUGGCCCUGCUCGCGCUGAUCGUGUUCGUCCUUUUCUGCUGUCGGAAGAAAGCCAAAGAAGAUCAGGAUCUUCCGAAGAGCAGCGCGCCAACGAGCGCCGGUGCGUACGACCCAGUUUUGGAAGCCUUGCAGCGGAAAACGCUGGACUUUGGGGUGGUGGAGCAAGCUAUGCAAUGCAAAAGCAUCGUACUAGUAGUCUAAAUUACAUUACAGAUUCGCCCAGCAUUGCAAAUCAAAUUUGUAAUGCGGAUUUACCUUUAAGACAAAAAUUUGUAAUGCAGCAUGAUUGCAAUUACUACGAGUGCGAUACUUUUGCACAGGAUACAAGCCCUGAAGGACGCGGGGUUGACGGAAGCGUACGCGAAGAAACUGGCGCGACAGGUGUGCGACGUCGAGGUGGUGAAGAACAAUGAUGCUUUGGUGCAUAUGGCAUUCUCAAACGCUACAUUCUCAACUGUUACAUGAAUUUGUAAUGCAGACUUGCCAUAGUUAUCUACAUAGUCAAGCUGCUUCGUAUGACAAGUUCUCGACGCGCUAGAUAGCUGCACUUUAAUCUGCGCCAAACUUGUAUCAUGAAAGAGGCGCAAUCUGCCUCCUUUAACUUUUGCCAUUCUUGCAUUAACAGUUGAGAAUGUAACGUUUGAGAACGCCAUAGUGGAACCGGAAAACGACACCGAUCUGCAGAUUCUCGGCCGGCUCGGGUUGUCUUUCGUGGACUCCGGUGAUCCCGAACGGGUCGGGCGGUUCCGCGGAUUUUUGAAAGCAGUGGCGUUGAACCAAAGGUCCGUGCUAUCGUAUUGAAAAACGCCCCCACGCCAUAGUUGUAAUGCAAAUCUGCAUGCUGAAAAUGUUUCUCAUGCGGAACCCCAUAAGAAGCAUUUUCUAGUGGUGUUUUGGAAUUUGUCAUGCUCCAAUCAGCAUGAUAUACUAGAACUGUGAUGCUUUUGAGGUAGCUCAAACAGCACAACACUACGAGUCCAAAUUUGUCAUGCAAAACAGCCAAAACUUGUAGACUUGUCUAGCAGAUUUCCCAUCUUGACUCUGCUGUGGGGACGUUUUUACUCAGGAUACGUGCAGAAAGCCGCGGCCUACUACGCGGAGAAGAACAAAGACAAACCGGGGUGGACGACGGAGGAGGCGACGAAGAAGCUUAUUACAAUGAAAAAUACCCCCACGACCUCCCAGCUUGGCAGCAUUUGUAUUGCAAACCUUUUUAACAGAAACAUUCCCCGUCUCGCAUAUCUCAGCAUCGCACAUUGUCCAUGCUGAAUAGGUCAAAUUUGUGUUGCGAAGUACUAGCCCAACAGCAGCUGGAUCUGUUAUGCACAAGGCGCCUUGCGCUUGCGCACCUAGAGCCAGACUCUGCAGCAGAAACGCUCGUAAUCCUUUUAUGCAAGAAGACAAAAAGCUUUCAUUUGGAAACUUUGCAUGACAAACUUCUGCAAAUUCCGGGGUCGGGGCAUUUUUCACUGUAAUAAAGCUUUUGAAGGUCGGGUACUCGGAGAAGUUCGCAAACUACCUAGCCCCCAAACUGGUCCGGAAGGCGGAAGAAACGGCGAUGAACCAGAUUGCGCAGCUGGUCACCGUCGACGAGUGGCAAGCCAUGGCGGGGGACUUGGCGGAGCACAUGGACGGGGAGACCGACGAGCUCAAGCUCCGGGCGUUUGGAAAUUCCAUUGCGGAAAUGGAAAAGAUGAAAACCGCGAAAUUCUUUGACCAGAAGGUAUGACCGUGCGCAUCUCGACGUCCCCCUCACGACCCUCAUUUGUCAUGCAAAAUACCUAAUCCAGCCUUUCUUGCCUCUUGGCACUGUUUGCGUCACAAGUUCUGGCACUAGUCCAAAUAGCACUACACUCCAGUGCAAAUCUGUCAUGCAAAAUCGGCAUUCUUGCUGAUGCUUGUGUUGCCGUUCAUGCUAAAAAUAAAUAUACAAAUGAGGGUCCUCCCAGGGAGUUCGUUGUGCGCUGUCAUAGAGGGGCAAGACGAAGCACAAGAAGCCCGUGCCGGAAGUCAACUUCGAUUUGGCCAACUUCACCCUGGACGAGGCAAUGAUGCGGCUACAAACGGCCGGGUUUUCGGAGAAGAUGGCCGGUUUCGUGGCGGCGAAGUUGGUGAAAAAAGCCGAGAACUUGGUGGACACGGGAGAGUACACCGUUGCGGUCAACGAGUACGUCGCGGGGCAGAACGUGAAACCUACUGGCGCCGGCGCCUCGGACACGUCUUCGGCGGGCCCCCCGAAGUCGAUCAACCGGUCCCACCCGUAUUUUGUGCAGCUGGGGCUGAACGAUCUGCAGGAGUGGCAGGACUUUGAGCAGUACUGCGAGGAGUCGGACCGGCAGAAAAUCAUGCUGCAGGCCGAGCAGACCAGCACCCGGGCGCGGUCGUCGCAGCUGCGGACAACCGGAACGAACAAGUCGGGCGGGGAAGACAGCAACGUGGAGAAGGUGUUUCUCCUCAACGCGUUGUUCGAGCGUGUCCUGCCUUCCGUCAACAAAUCGAUUCCUCCGGGAGGUGGAGCAGCAGGCGGUGCGCCGCUGGGGCAAAUCACCCGGACGCUCGAUUUGACCGCCCUCGCAGUGAACGAUGAUGUCAGGUUCGUAUGCAAGAAAAAAAACUUUGCAAGUGUAAAUCUGUGAUGCAGAAAAUGCAAAACAGUUACGCUUCCUGUCAUGCUGGAAGUGCGUCAAACUCAAAGCCGUGUCUCAUACGUGUUUUCACGUACUAGCUGCACAUGACAGGUUUUUUCUGUAUAUUUACGCAAAACGAAUUCGUUAUGCUGCUCCUCCUACAAACUUACACUUCCACAGUUUUUUUCCUGGAUAGUUCGGGGAGACGGAAACCGCGACGCAGCUGCAAGCCUUCCAGCAAAUGAUGCCGCCGAAAAAGACAUUCGAGGAAAAACCGGCCGCCGGCGCUACGGCGGGGGAGGACACUAGUGAGAGUGAGAUUUCUUUUGCUAUGAAUCCGCCGACGAAAGCAACUCUUUCUUCCGCUUCCAAAAAAUCGGCAGGCAGGUCAGCGAAAACCAAGAUGAAAGCCGCGGUCGGCGCGAUCUCCGCUACUGCUUCCGAGAAAAGCAGCAAGAGCAGCAAAGGGACAGAGACCAGCACGAGCGGGGGAAGUGAGAAAGGUGCGCAACAUUCAUCCGCGGGGAAGAAAAAACUGACGAAAAAGUCCUCGACGCGCGGCGUUGGCGGGACGAAGAAAAAGAGCAAGAAAAGUCCGGUUGCGACCACGGACGACGAGAACACAGCAGGACCGACGGAGGAGCAGAGACUCGUAUCAAAUGUAAAAAUGUCUGGGUCUGGAAGAGUGCAUGUUUGUCAUGCUUGUCUGGCAUGACUCUGAAAUCUGUCAUGCACGUUACCCAAGAGCGCCAUUUUUCUGUCAUGCAGAAACGCAGUCUGUCAUGCAGAAUAGGCAACACCUAGAAGCUCAGAAUCUUGUCAUGCUGCGCCAGCACUUGUGGCCUCCUCACGAUACGCCACCCAGCAUCACAAGUUUCCAGACCCAGACACUUUUGCAUUUGAUAACUCGAUCUGAUGCACGACGCGGAGCUCGCCCUACUCGACGUGGGCUUCGGCAAAACCAAAGCCAGGGACCUUGCGCGGAAAAUCGCGGGCGUGCACGCGGACGACCACGUGGCGCACGACAUGGAUAUGACCCCCGAGGACCGGCAGAUCGCGAGCAAAGGGCUGAACAAUGUAUGUCCUGUGCAAAAGUAUGUUCUAUCGUGGUGUAAGUACUCGUACUAGGACUUCUUGUGGAAAAAAAUAAACACUUGAUGUUGAUAACAGAGGUCGUGCGUGCUUCUACUUCGCUGUGCGAAAAAAUAAUAUACAUGACAAGAGAACAAGUCUCAAAUUAUUUUGUAAUGCUACAGUAUUCAAAAAGAAAAAUGUGAGUGUAUAAAUAUUUUAUUUGCAGUUUCUAGUACCAGCAGCAGCACAUCGAUCAGCACGAUAGUACUUUUGCAAGGCAUAUCCUGCAACCGUGAACGACCUGAGCGAUUUGACGGAGGAGCUGGUCGCGCAAAAAGCAGCUUUUUUCGAGCGGCAGCUGUCCCCGGAAUCCCAGACCGUUUUGCAGAAGAAAGCCGCAAACGACAAACAGCCAAUGUCGCUGCUUGAAUCCUUUUGCGCCUCCCCGGGAGACAGGCAAAAAGCGAAGAAGAGAAUCUUGCACAAGGCGAAGAGCCAAAAAUCUGGAUUGAAAACGACCAACAAGCUGGAAAAGAAGAAAUAAAGCAAGAAGCCCGACAAAGAGGCGUCAGUGCAUGAGGAAGGCGGGAACUUCUUACUUUAUGAUUUGAUGAUGAAGCAAAUUCGAUUGUUUGAAACGCUUUUUGGAGUUUGUUCUAACACAAGCUCCGAUCGACACCUUGUUCCAUUUCCAUAUCAAUAUUUUGUCAUGAGAUUGUUUUUCAUAAUCAUAAAUAACGUACGGUACGACUACAAGAACAUGAAAGUGAAUGAGUCAGUAUCUAUAGCAAUACGCAUCACAUGUUACACUUAUCUCUAACAAGUCCGAUGCAUGUGCUCCCAUUUUGACCCAGUAUCCAUGAGGGUCACUUUUCAGACCACUAAACCCCCCACCAGUUUCACUCAUUCUCAGAGCACUAAAGUACUUUUUGUAAGUAAGCAUAGCCAGAGACAGAUUUCUGCAGUCUGUCUCUCUAGAAAUCAAUUUUUGUUUCAGAAACAUCAUGUUCAUGCAGUUAUUAAAUCCCUAUAGUACAACAACGCUGUGACGAUUAAGCAUUUGUAGUAAGAACAAAAAGUGCAGCGAACGAAAAAAGAAUAAGUACUUACAUUGUUUUGGAGGCUGAGUAUUUUUGGUGCUUCUCAUAUUCAAAACUAAGGCGCUUUACUUCGCUUUAGUUUACUGUGACGACUUUUCCACUUUUUUUCUCGCCCCCUCCGUAUCAUUCAGCUUCACCGACCCCCAAAGCUCAGAAAUUAUGAAGCCCCAAUAUCAUUUCUCGUCCACAAGGUAUUAACCCCUCUAGACCACAACUCGGCAAAACUAGAAUUGUUCACCGUAAGUCCCGAACAAGCAAACUGCCC